AUUUAUAGAGCAUUUGUUAGGUUAUAGAUAAACAAGUAGGGCUUUAACAUUAAUCCCUAAACAAUUACCCUCAAUUCCAUAUAACCUACUAUUUACUCCACAAAUUUUUUUCCUCAUUUUUUAUUUCCCCUUUCUUUCUUCAAUUUGCCCCAAAAUCAAAGAAGAUUGAAGGAAGGUCAAAUUCCAAGAUUCAGUUUCAGCAGGCAAUCAGAAUCCAUUUGAUUUGCAGAUCUGUUCUUGCUUCCUCUAGUUCUUGAUUUUUGUAUAUAUGGGUGGUUGUCUAGGAUGUUAUAAGGAGCCUAAAUUCGAUCCUUUGAUGAAUGAUACAUCAAAAGGAUUAGAAGUUCCAGGUCAGACGGUGAGGAAAACCAGUAUAUCCGAAGAUUUCUGGACCACUAGCGCUUGCGAUAUGGAUAACAGUGCAGUGCAGUCACAAGGAAGCAUCUCGUCAAUCAGCGUGAGCAAUCAGUCUCUAGAUCCCCAUGGCAAUGCCAAUAGCCCCUCUGAAUUCGUAAAUCAUGGCCUUCUUCUCUGGAAUCGAACUAGGCAGCAGUGGAUUGGAAACAAGAAGUCUGAAAAUCGGCCUCAAAAGGUUCGGGAACCCAAACUGAGCAUUUACGGUCUCUCCAUGGUUAAUCCAUUCUGGCCUUGCAGUUGGAAUGCGACUUACGAAAGUUUACUCGGAAACAACAAACCAUUCCCUCAACCUAUUCCUCUCCCUGAAAUGAUCGAUUUUCUGGUCGACAUCUGGGAACAGGAAGGAUUAUAUGACUGAGCAAACAGUACAGCGAAGCACAUUCGGAAAAAAAAAGAAAACGGUUAGAUAUUAAUACCCUUAUUGUUGUAACAUUUUACUAGCUUCAUUAUGAAAAAGGCAUUAGAGCAUAAUAAACUGGCAUGUAUGUCGACCGGAAUGGUCUCGGUCUUGUCUGUCCUUGGCUUUCUCAUUUUCCACUUUUUUUCUUUCUCUCUCUAAAUUCAGCUGCCUUUUAGGCAUGCCAUUGUAUUACAUCGGAACUAAUCCAAAAAAAGAAAAAAAAAGAACACCGUCUGCCUCCGGUUUUCGAUUUGGCAAACCA